AGUCCCGUCAGUUAGUCAGUUAGUCAACAGGCUGAGCGAGACAACGAGCCGCUGAUAUACAACCUGGUACGUGGAGCUGAUAACACACACGUUACUGCACGGUACCGUGUGGAGAAAAGACUCGUUUUGUUCGGUGUUUCCGGAGAAACAUGAAGUCUUCUGGACACGAAGCCUCCUAAGCAUCAUGGACAUGUGAAACUUGACCCUGCAGUAGGCAGAUGCAAGUCCCAGGCUGGAUUGGAUGGCACUGAGGAUACAAGACUGCGACUCAGUGGGAGUACUGCAAUGACCAGCCGGCAUCCUAGCCAUGCAGAGAGUGCUCACUCCAAAGAAAAACAGCCGCCUGCCUUGUCUCCCAAGCUCCAUGUCCAGCGAUCGCCAUCAAAGGAGACCGUCACCAUCCACUUCUCAGCUCUUGGGAAGGAGGAAGAGGAGGAGGAAGAAGAGCUGUACUGGACAACUGUCUCCACUACCUCAGCUGAUCAGGAUGACUCAAACAUUGUGACAGCCGUAGAAGCAAGUGAGGAGAUGUUUGAAGGUGUGCCAUUGGACUCUGCACCCGAGGUUGCUGUCAUGCCUGAAUCAUCCAGACUUUCUCCAAUUUCGAGACAUCCCACUAAUCGUUCUCCCGCACAAACUCCGCCAUCGCUUAAUGCUGAGCAAAAAGGCUCAACUUCCACUUCCUCUCCUACUAAAUCUUUGAGCUUUCCCUCCAUUGACAAACCCUUCCUCAGCUUGGUGAAGUCUCUCUCCUCUGACAUGGAGUCUCGGGACGGGAUCCCUUCUCUUUCUGGUCCUUCAUUAAAGCAUAGGCACCUGAUGAAGAAUCUAGUCAAAUCUUUAUCUUCAGAUACAUCCCAGGACUCGUCAUCAUCGUCCUCCUCCUCCUCCUCCACACCCUACCGUCUUCCAGAAUCCCGCCUCAACCUACAACUCUUCAAGCAAUUCACACAGUCCCGGAUGUCGUCUACUACCGCGUCGUCAGUUGGUGAUUCUAAAACUGCCCCUUGCUCUCCAUUAACCUCACCAGAUGCCCGCAGCUUCUUCAAAGUCUCAGAGGUCGAGGCAAGAAUUGAAGACACUAAGCGGCGUCUCACUGAGGCCAUCUCCGAACCGCUCCAACUGCUGAGUAAGAUGAUGGACGAAAAGAGUGCCAGCUUAGGUAGCAGCCAUAUUUACCGGCCCAAGAUCCUCUCUGCCAGUCCCUCAGAACUCUCCAUUACUUCUAUCAAUGGUCACCUGGAGAGCAACAACAAUUACUGCAUCAAGGAGGAAGAAGGAGGCGAGUUAGUGGGUGAGAGCCCCAACAGGAGGCCUUCUGGUUCAUCUGAAUCACCUGCCACCCCCACUGUUGACACUAAGAUCCCCAACAAAUCAUUACUCUCCAUGUCAUUGGACAAAUGCUCUAUGUCCGCUCUUGCUAAACAAGAGUAUGAGGACUAUUGCAUCCUGUACAGUGAGGACUUUGAGACUGACACAGAAGGUGAUGGUGGUGAUAGAACUGGUGAUACUGGAACUGGGAGUCAAACUAAAGUGCCACUAAGUGGUAGUACUGAACCGUGCAGUGAAGAUGAAUCCGAAAGUAUUGAGCCGGUACCUAGUGUUCCACAUUAUACUCUCAUCAUCCUAACUGUACUGGUCUAUGGGUGUUUUGUAUUACCUCUGCCGACUUACGUCGGAGGAAUGCUGUUUGGGAUUGGCCUGGGAUUCCUUUUAGCCAUUGGUGUUGUGUGGCUGACGGGACCAAAACCUUCUGGCAGUACUUUUAGACAUUCCAGACACCAUGGGAAGCUGUGGAAUCUGACCAAGUUGGACAUUAAGGAACCAGAAAUAUAUAAGGGCUGGAUGAAUGAGAUAUCGAACUAUGACCCAGAGACAUACCAUGCCACACUGACACACUCUGUGUAUGUCCGGGUGGAGGGCUCCAUCAUUCGUUUGUCCAAACCGAACCAUAAUGUCGCCCGCCGUGCCACACACAAUGAACCAAAACCCGAUGUUACCUACAUCAGCCAGAAGAUCUACGACCUCACCAACAGCAGAGUAUAUCUAGCGCCUCAGAGCCUGGCCAGGAAACGUUUAUGGAACAAAAAAUACCCCAUAUGCAUUGAACUCGGCAAACAGGAUGACUUCACGUCAAAGACCGAGGGCGACAGGUUGGAGGCCAGUGAGAGCUCCACCACAAGGGACACAGUAGAGGGGACAGGAGGAGCACAGGAGCGAGGGUGGUCGACUUCGUCCACUAGAGACCUGACCCUCUACCUGUUUGGAAGGACUGGGAGGGAGAAGGAGGAGUGGUUCCAGCGAUUUCUAUCCGCUUCCCAGCUCAAGGUGGACUUGAAGAAAGCUCCAAGUGUUUCAAGGAGUAAGAGUGCUCUGAGCUCUCACAGUCGCAGCAGCAGCCGCAGCAGUCUGGAUGAGGCACUGGCAUCCCAGCCCAGGUCAAAGGACUCCUUAGUCUCCUCAACAACAGCAGGCAGUGCCAAAACCAAACCGCUAUUAGAUUACAAUGUAUACAUGGCCUCCUUACUGCCAAAACAGGCGGUAGUCAGCCCUGCAGCUGCCAGCCCUUCUCUUCAGAGUCCCCAGAGCAGCCCUGGGGCUGAUAAGAAGCUGCAGAGCACCACUUCAGCUCAGGUGCAGCCCAGGACGGAGGAGGAGGAGGAGGAGAAGGAGGAGGCGGAGGAGGAUACUGUUGCCUGGGUGAAUGCGACUCUUGGCCGGGUCGUCUGGGACUUCCUGAGCGAGCCCUACUGGGCCGAACUGGUCUCCAAGAAGAUUCAGAUGAAGCUCAGCAAGAUACGGUUGCCUUACUUCAUGAAUGAGCUAACCCUGAGAGAACUGGACAUGGGCUCGGCCACUCCCAGAAUCCUUUGGGCUUCCAAACCCUCCAUUGACUACAGAGGUCUGUGGUUUGACCUGGAGAUUUCCUACAGUGGUUCCUUUCUGAUGACCCUGGAAACCAAGAUGAACCUCAUUCGCCUGGGCAAGGAGGGAGAAAGCGUCCGCUUUGGAGAAUUUGGCAAAGACGGAUACAGGCCACGGACUUACUGCUUGGCUGAUAGUGAUGAAGAGUCGUCCAGCGCAGGCUCAUCAGAUGAGGAAGACUCCUCAGAGCUCUCAAAUGACUCGGCUGGAGCAGAGGGUUUGGUCGGAGGCCACAAACCCAGCAAGAUCAUGCGCUUCGUGGACAAGAUCACCAAGUCCAAAUACUUCCAGAAGGCCACAGAAACAGAGUUCAUCAAAAAGAAGAUGGAGGAAGUGUCUAACACACCGCUUCUGCUUACGGUGGAGGUGCAGGAAUUCCGAGGAAUGCUGGCUGUCAACAUACCGCCUCCACCCACUGACAGGAUAUGGUAUGGCUUUAGGAAGCCGCCUCACCUGAUACUGAAGGCACGACCUAAACUGGGUGAAAGAGAAGUCACUCUGGCUCACGUUACAGACUGGAUAGAGAAAAAACUGGACCAGGAAUUCCAGAAAGUCUUUGUAAUGCCAAACAUGGACGAUAUAUGGCUGUCUGUCAUGCAUUCUGCCAUGGACCCGCGUACAGCCGGCGGACCCUUCGUUGGCCUCGCAGUGGACCCAGAGCCUUCCCAGCCAGAGAAGGACAGCACCAGCCAGCCAUGAAGAUUGUUUACAGUAUUUCCUAGAGCUUGUGAAGUCUCAAUUUGGGAACUGGAGCCAAAGUCGACGGUCAGACGCUACUGUAAUACAAAUCCAUUCCCGUAGUGAGUGGGCUUCUCACUCACCAUAAGGAGGAACCUUAUGAAUUUGAAAGGAACAAGGUAGAGACGACCAAGGAAACACGAAAAAGAUAAACUGUUGCUUGCUGCUCUUUUCAGUAGUAUUUAUUGUGCCAGAUGAAAAAGGUGAUUUGUCUUUUGAAGGAUUUAAAUAACUGAAAGAACCUAUUGAAUAGGGACUGAUAUGUGAAGAGAGUCACGUUUGGCUCAGAAUUUGGGCUGGGGAGUAUAUAGGGAUACAUCCUAGACUGCAUAUAUAGAUGGACGACGCGUCUCCACUUCCUCCCACUGUACAAAAGUGAAGCCAAAAUAUCCUGGAUACAGGAGCUGCCAUCUUGACAUUUUGACGUCAUUUGGAGCCAGAGUCUGAGCAGUAGUGAUUGAGGGGCCGUGGUAUUGAGGUCCCGCCCACACACCCGCUUGAGCCAAUCACGAGCCGAGCAUGGCUGCAGCCACCUAGCGUGAGCCAUCUUGCUGCUACGUUAGCACCAAUUGGCAACUAACCAUAAUAUCUCUAUAACUAGGUUUAUGAUCAAAUUGAAACAUGUUCUGUUACACUGACUCGUGGCGGUUAUGGGAAGUCAAAGUUACAUCUCCUCUAUAAUUCCCUCCGGCUCCGCGACUACUUCACUCAGAGCAGCUGUCCAUCACAGCUAUCCAUCAUGAGGUCUUACCCCCUAAUUAAAACCAAACUUAUCAGAAAAAGGAAGACUUGAACAAACAUCAGCAUGAUAACAACUACCUAAAAUGACAGAAACCAUAUUUGUGAAAAAUUCAUUUGAGGUGUACUUUGGCUAUUUAGUUUGACCCAUGUCCCAUCUACUGAAAUGGGUGGGGGCGGGCUUUAUGACAUAUACUGCAGCCAGCCAUCAGAGGGCGAUCCGGAUGUUUUGGCUUCACUUUUGGGGAGAUGUCAUGUUGUCCAUCUUUAUGUCCAGUCUAUGGGAUACAUAAGUAUAUGAUGUCCUAUGAACACGUUGAUAUGGAAGCAUUCACCAGAUACCUUACAGCCUGCAGAUGAACACUUUCUGCUAAGGCUAGAGUGAGAUUGAGCAUGGUAGACCCUUUAUUAAAGAAAUACAGUAAAUGGAGUUUUACAAUCUGAUAGUAUGUUGACAUUAGAGGUGUUUCAUAGUGAAUGAUUAGUGUGUGAUGGAGUUGUCAUUUCCAUUGUUGAGCAUGAACACAGUGUAAGCAGGUUUAAAAAGAGUAUAUCAGAAAAAAGCUUCGAUACUUGAUGUUCGAUUUAUUUACCACAUGAGACAUUUAAACUUUAAGUGGCUUUAUGUCAGCAGUUUUUGAUCAGGUGUUAACAGUUCCCAGUAUUAAUUUGUGCUGUGACCACACCCUGAACACCUCCCUUCAUUUGCCAAGUCCCCUUUUUUAUGCCAAUGAUGCCCUUAUCCAUGUCUAUAUGGAAAACAUGCUCACGAGAAAACGUACAUUAUCUAGGAAAAGUGUCAUUCACUAUGUAAAUUCCAUACUUAUGACAAAUACACAAACACAAUAAGUGCAAUGAUAGAAACACUAUAGUAGGAUCUUGUAUAGAUAUUAUAGAAAAGUGUAUGUCUGAUGAGAAGUACGAGACCUCUAACAUGUCUGUUGAAUGUACGUGUGAAUCGUUUUGGUUUCUAUUGUUCUUGUUUAAUGACAGUUUUUACCCGGUCACAUUUUGACUGUGGUAUGCAAAUUAUUGCACAAAUACAAGUUUUCUUUUUGUUAUCUUAUGAUAAACACUAUCUCAUCUUGCACAUCUUCUGCCAGAUGUGUCAUUCAAUCGUAUAGAGGUGGUGUAUUUAUCUAUACAUCAUUUCUUCUUGAUUGUGUUAGUGUUGAUGAUAUUGUUGGAAGUUAAUUUAAAUGACCAACUUCUAUAUGUGACAGUGCUUUAAAAAGACUCUACCCGGCAUACUGUAUGUACAACAAUUUGAUGAAGUAAAGGUACGUACUGUAUAGUAGAGCAUCUAUUGCCAAGAAUGUAGCCUUAUCUACAGGUUCCCUUUCUGAAAGUACAUUUUUAACCUUGUCAUUUUUCUAAUGAAACCAAAGUCCUUUGAUUAGGCCUAUAGUGCCAGACCUGUCUCUGCUCAAAGGUACACAUCCUGUGUUGAUAUAGCAUUGUGUUAUGAUAUUUACAAAUGCGCUACAAUACCUGCAUUAACUUUGUUUACAGGAAUUCUUACAUUGUUUUCAAUAUUUGCUCUCUUAGUAUACUAAAGCAUUGUAACAUGAAAUAGAUAUUUUUUUCCUGUAUGAUUGUCUUUCCCUUUAUGCCUUGGUUACUUUUUGUUAAGUAUUUGUUUUUGAAUUACUACACAAGGCGGGUUAUGGUUGUAUUUUUUUGACUACAUCUUUGGAAUAAACAGAAUGAAAUAAGAUUUUUGAGGAUAUAUGAAGAUCAUGAUUUGUAUCUGUGAAUUAUUGAACUUUUUAAGAUUAUGUCAUUUUAAGGCCAAAUUCAGUGAUUAUGUGUAUCUGCCUUAUUUAUAGAGCAAAAAUAAAUCUGUCAAUGAAAG